AUGGCUAUCACGAUCCCAGAUACAGACACGAUUCCCAAAGAGAAACCGGACAUGGGUGCACCGGAGGGAUUCCAUCAAGACCACGGGGUCGACCCUGAUGGCAGCGGCAAUGGCUCCGGAGAGCCACCGAAAAAGAGGCGGAAAGUUGCAAAGCCAAAUCCAGACAAGAAGUUUGAGUGCAAGCACGAGGGCUGCGGCAAAAGUUACUCUCGGGCAGAACAUCUCUACAGACAUCAGCUCAAUCAUACUCCAAAGACAAUUUACCGCUGUGACUAUCCUGAGUGUAGCAGGUAUUUUGUGAGGCAAGAUCUCUGCAUCCGUCACAGGGAACGACAUACGACUCAUGGAUCUCAGCUACAUAAACGGGACUCUUUCGCGCAGAGCAGUCAAAAUGCCCCUCAGGACCCUUCUAAUCAACCCCAACAGUCGGCGAACUACCUCAUGUCCGCACCGAGGAUGAAAAGCCCCGAAGAAGAAGGGCGACCUGUUGCCGAGUCUGCCGGAUACUCCUUGGGCGUAAACGGCAUCAAGCAGCAUGCUAUCAAUGCCAAUAAUACAGCGUCACCAACAAAAGCGUCGCCGGAGUCACGGUAUACUGGCCAAACCCCGCGACCGGUCAUUGCCAGGCCGGAGCCACCGUUGCACCGGACCACUAGUACGGGGAGUAAUGCCUUGAGCCCGAUCCAAGAACAAGAAGGCUCCUCAUGGCCGCUGGCUGUACGCAGGCAGAGCUUCAACACAGAGGAGCCCAAUAGAGCUCAGGUUCCAUACGCCCAAACACAAGCAGGGAAUAACACAUCUGUCCCGGCCGUGCCUCUCUCUCCGGUUCGCCAAUACUCAUCGUCGUCUGCGGUCGCUUUCGGACAAGAGAAACCUCAGUCGAGCGGGAAUAUGGACCGGGCCGCCUCGAACACUUUUGUGCAGCCAGCCGACAUGAUAUCUGCCUACACAUCUGCGCCUUAUCAACCAUCGGGUGUAUCUCGGACGGGUGAUGAUGCUUUCGCUGCGGCUGUAUCUCAUGGUCUAACCCAGGGGGAUCCAUACCCGUACUCUGUCAUGAACGGGGGCAUAUCUGCUAGUGACCUCAGUGUCGCUUACGGAUACUCUGUCUUUGGACUAGACGAGUACACCCAAACGCCUUAUGCAGGCACAGAUGAUUUCACGCAAUGGUUAUUCAACGACAGUCAUUCGGGAUCCAAGAGCUUCUCGCCUCCGAAUUAUGUGCCGGGCUACAGUGGUCAGGAACAGCCACUGGUACAAGGCCCUCACAUUCCCCAGAGUCCUACGUCGAGUACUAGUUAUCCUGCAACCGCCGGGCACCAUCCGAUGAGCGUUACCAGUCUUCUCGAUACAACUGCCUCCAGCCAAUACAUCAUGUCCGAAUCGAAACGUCAGGAACUCCUUGAUCUCAUGCAGACUCAAUUCAUUGAACGUCCCCAUGAUGCCGUCAAGAAACGGAAGGACUCUGUCUUCGAGGGUGAUUUGGCCAGUGACGGCCAUAUUCUGAGCUUAAGGAUGAUGCAUACUUACAUCGGCUCUUAUUGGUAUCAUCAACAUGCACAACUACCUAUCUUGCACAAGCCUACCUUUUCGGCAGAUCGGACACCUAAUUUGUUACUUCUCGCCGUCAUCGCCAUUGGGGCCGCAACGCUUGAUAAAGCCUAUGGCACGUCAUUGACCGAUUCCGCCGCGGAGUUUGCGAACUUUGUUGCCUGGCAUAUCAGAUGGGAGAUUGUACGGGAUGCGGACUUCAGACCGCCAGCCAAGUUAUGGGUGUUCCAGACUCUGUUGCUCAUUGAAGUCUACGAGAAAAUGUACGCAACUAGGGCCUUACACGAACGGGCCCAUAUCCACCAUGAUUCCACCUUGACUCUGAUGCGGCGAGGGAGUUCCUUGUUGGGACGAUCUGCUUCUGAUUCACCACCGAGUCUUCGAGGCGAACAGGAUAACGGCAGAAUCUCAGUACCGUUCUCUGGGAAUGAGUCCUCCAAAACCGAAGAGGCUUGGUAUCGCUGGAUUACAACAGAGGCCACCCGCCGCGCGGCGUUUGCAGCUUUUGUCAUCGAUUCUAUCCAUGCCACCAUGUUCGGGCACGCUGCCAAAAUGGUGGCGCAUGAGAUGCGUCUCCCUUUGCCGUGUGACGAAGGUCUCUGGUCAGCUGUCUCUGCCGCCGAGGCGGGUCGAGUACAGCUAGCAUUGCAAACGAAUGGAGUUAAACCCACCAUGUUCUUGGACGGGCUGAAGAGGACGUUGAACGGUCAACGAGUGCGGACGAACUCUUUCGGUAGAACCAUCAUCAUGGCAGGUCUAUUGUCCGUCUCCUGGCACAUGACGCAACGAGACCUACAGAUCUCUUCGUUGGGACCUCGAACGGCAAAUUCAUUUGGAGGCCCUGAUAAAUGGAAAGGGGUUUUGCUACGAGCAUUUGACAACUGGAAGCGGGAUUUCGAUGAGGCCCUCGCCGAAGCGACGCCUGCGCCGUCGUCGCCUUUGCGUACUCCUGCAAUGCCACUUCACAGUCUCCUCCGGCCGGUUGAUGACGAGAAUAUAUUCGAGUCACGCACGGUUCUGCAUCAUCUCGCCCACAUUGCCGCACAUGUGGAUGUCGUUGAUUGUCAAGUGUUUGCGGGAGCCAAUCGACUCCUCGGGCGCUCCAUCACUCCCAAAGACUAUAGCGUGAUCAGGGAGAAGAUCGAACGAUGGGCGACUAAAGCCUCGGCCAGAGAUGCCGCGUUCUACGCUCUCAAGUUCAUUGUUCAGGUUCUGAUACCCCGAGAUGAUGGCAUAGACGGUGUCAACAGCCGAUUAUACGGUCACGCCAGUCCGAUUUUGCCUCAAGCAUUUGACCAAGAUCAGUAUAUUGCUCGAGAUGACUUCUUGUUGAAUCGUCCUUGGGUCCUUUACAUCUCGGCAUUGGUGGUUUGGUGUUAUGGGUUUGCUCUCGAGGGCCCAAUCAAGCCUUCUCCGAGAGAAGAAGAUUUCACCACCUACCGACAGAAAGAGCAAGACAUGCGAGACUAUCUUGAGCGAGUCGGUGGAGUUCGGGCGCCAGAUGACCUCGAGAAUGUCAAAGGCAAGAAUCGAUGCCUAGGCCUUUUGAUGAUAUUGAAGGAGUCCUUUGAAAGCACAAGAUGGGAAUUGACCCAUGAAGCCGCAGGAUUGUUGGGUAAUGCCUGUUUGAAACUCCGUGGCGUCGAUUCUGAUGUGUUUGCCGGCCCUGGAUGUAACGAUCUGGAUUAUUCCAACGGUAACGCGAGCGGUUAUGCCAAUGGGCACCUUUCUCGGCCAGGUCCUGCUCCUCAGCAGAGUCAGGACCAUAUGACCGUUGCGAGUGCCGCCAGGGUCUGA